AUGUUCACAACUCCCGCUCCCUCCGCCCCGACGCUCUCGACCACGACCUCGCCCGCCUCGCCCACCUCUCCGACCCGCUCGGGCAGACUCCGUGGGCUCAGCUAUCUGCGCAGCUACACCCACCUCCACUCCUCGAGCGAUCGAUCUUCCGCCGGAAGCAGCGGCCACAUUCGACGCCCUUCGCUCGUCCGCACGCGAUCUACCCCAAGCGCCAACGCCUCGCUCUCGUCCUCCAGCGCCGACACUACCCCGAGCGUCGACCUUCCCUCACCCUCCCGCCACGCCCCCGUCAACGGCGCCGCCGACACUUCUGGUGCCACGAGCGGCUGGGUCCCCACCGUCGUGGGCCGCAGUGGUCUGUCUCGUGUCGCAUCCUCCGCAGAACCUUCUACCACCGCCGCGACAUCCCCGCGACCCGCAUCCAUGACUCGCACGCGUGCUGAGUCGGCCGCUCCCUCCUUGGGCGUCUCCCACCACGGACCCUCCAGUGGUGACGCGACUGCCGAAACGUCCACUCCCCACAAGCAGCUGCCGUCUAUACGUUUCAUUCCACAUGAGGAUCCCAGAGCCUCGCGCCCGAGCCUGCAAUUCCCACCCAUCUCUAGGACUCUGCCGAGCGAGGAUUGCGUCAUACGGGUCGGGAGGUACUCCGAGAAGGACAACAUCCCCAAUGACCUCCCGCCCCAUCUUCCGUCGUCCGCUCCAGUUGGGUUCAAGUCAAAAGUUGUCUCCCGUAGACACUGUGAAUUCUGGUGCAAGGACGGCCAAUGGUGGAUCAAGGACGUCAAGUCAAGCUCCGGAACCUUCCUCAAUCAUAUAAGGCUCUCUCAGCCUGGCGUGGAGAGUAAACCGUACAAGGUUGGAGACGGUGAUGUCGUCCAGCUUGGAAUUGACUUCAGAGGUGGUGAGGAGAUGAUCUUCCGUUGUGUCAAGAUUCGCAUUGAGUGCAAUCGCAACUGGCAGAAGGCGUUGAACAACUUCAACAAAUCCACACACAAGCGGCUGCGCAACCUUGCCCAAGGCGUGAAAUCCAAAGACUCGGACUCUGCGAGCACACAUAGCACUGACUGCAGCAUUUGCUUGAUGUCCAUUCGUCCCUGCCAAGCUCUUUUCGUUGCACCUUGCUCUCAUGUCUGGCACUACAAGUGCAUCGCGAGGAUCAUCAAUGGUCCGACUUAUCCGCAAUUCAUGUGCCCGAAUUGCCGCAUGGUAAACGAUCUGGAAGCGGACGUCAGCGAGCCCGAAGACUGGGACGAUGACCUUGAUGAAGAAAUCGAGGAUGAAAUCGAAGAGAAGCUCGCAACUGCUUCGAAUCCGGUCUCCAGCGGCACUCCAAGAAGUCUCGGAACUGAAGCUGACGGCACUAGCACGCCGCGUGCCACCACCUUGACUCUCGGUGGAUUCAACAAUGGCAGUGAAAUCAAUGCCACUUCGAUGGGCGACGCAAGAAUUGAAGAGGAGGAUCUGGCUGCUGGUAUGGCCGGCGUCUCCCUGGCUGGAGAUGUCGGCCCGCCGUCAGAUCAAGAACAAUCAUCGGAUACGGGUCUCCAUACACCUCCUGACGACGAAUCUUUGGCGGAGUCAAUCGCGUCUCCAUCAGCCAAUGUUCAACCAGUCCCUAUAAUGGCAGCCGGGUCCGAUUCGUCAUUGACCGCAACCCACUUAGGAGGGGGCGGCAAUCUGGCCGCUCCAGCUCCGUCUAAUCAGUACGCACUAAGCCCUACUCCGCCGGUCCCCGGUGCAGAGUGUCCCAUGACUCCACGGAACAACGCCGGCCCUUUCGUUUUGGAUGGCGCUGCCGGCAGCAACCGUCCGGGUAGCUCUGAAGAUUCUCUGACUGAUAGCUUUGAGAAUAGGGUCAGCAACGGCUCAUCAGCUGACGCGGCGUGA